GGUUGAAUAGUGCCUCAAAUUGCUCAGCAAGCGUAACAGUAUUGAUUGGUCCACCAGUCUGUCAGUCAUUGUCUAGCUCUACUGUCACGCAAGUGACGCCCUAGUUUCUGCAGGUGCAACACUGGGUACUACUGCAACGGAGCUACAGAUAAAACAGACAAUUCACGAUGGCCUCAGCAACAGCCACCUAUGGACAGAAGGAGUCCUCCGACCAGAACUUCGACUACAUGUUCAAGAUCCUGAUCAUUGGCAACAGCAGUGUGGGUAAAACCUCCUUCCUGUUUCGCUAUGCUGAUGACUCCUUCACGCCGGCUUUCGUCAGCACGGUGGGCAUCGACUUCAAGGUGAAGACCAUCUACAGGAACGACAAAAGAAUAAAGCUGCAGAUCUGGGAUACUGCCGGACAGGAGCGCUACAGGACCAUCACCACGGCCUACUACAGAGGAGCCAUGGGCUUCAUCCUCAUGUAUGACAUCACCAACGAGGACUCCUUCAACGCCGUGCAGGACUGGUCCACCCAGAUCAAGACGUACUCCUGGGACAACGCCCAGGUCCUGCUGGUGGGAAACAAGUGUGACAUGGAAGACGAGAGGGUGGUGGCAGCAGACAGGGGCCGGCAGCUCUCUGACCAACUGGGCUUCGAGUACUUUGAGUGCAGUGCCAAGGACAACAUCAACGUCAAGCAGACGUUUGAGCGGCUGGUGGACAUCAUCUGUGAGAAGAUGUCGGAGAGCUUAGACAACGCCGACCCCGCCGUCACAGGGGCCAAACAGGGGCCCCAGCUCACCGAGCAGCCCGAACGCCCCCACCAGGACUGUGCUUGCUAAACACCCACUACACACGUACCACACACACCUGACCCCUCACACACCCCUUCCUACAGCCUCCUCAGCUGGUGGAAGAGGUCUGUGAUGGGUUUGUGUUUUAGAUGGAAGAGCCUGGCUGAAAACUCAGUUAUUCCAUAUUUCAGUCCCCCGUCCAUCCAUAGGUGUUUAGAGUCCAAAGUUCACAUUCGGACUCCCCUUACUGCGGCCUCGAACCUGAAGGGAUUUCAUGUAUUUUUUCGAAGGGCCACAUUGCUGAUGAUCUGUUUACUGUUGAUAGCUUUGUUGUUUUUUUCGAUGUCCUCGAUUGGCUGGUUAACAAUCAAAUCCAUUUAAGUGGCGUGAGUGAGGUAUGUUCUAAGUCCACAUUUUGGAUAACAAAUAUUUUUAUGAGAUUUGUUUUUUCAAACAUAUCUGACCAAAAUCCCAUGCAUAUCAGUUAUCAGUCAUGGUCAUUUCCUAAUAUUCUAUCAUUGCUGGAUUUAAGAAAAAGAGAACUUGAUGAUGUGGUAAGUACUGGUCCCUGUCCCAGUUUUUUUUGUUAUUUUUUUAACUCCUCUUUUGUUUUUUUUAGCAAACCUAGAAGUGUCUUUAAGUAGAAGAGUAUAUAUAAAUGUUCCACUUCGUAAUAUAAUAAAUAUGCAUUUUAGAAUUCAAUAAUAUAUAAACAAAUGGUGUAAAAUUACAAUAAUUUAAGGUGUAAAAAUAUCUGUGCUUUGUGAGAGGUGCAUGUUGCGUUUUUUAAAUGUAUAUAUAUUUUUUUUUUUACCAUGGAACGUCUAAGAGCUGUUGGCCACUUCCUGCUGAAUCAAACUGGCUUGUUUGUUUCACUGUUAGGGUCGUGUGAACAACAGUUGAAAAUGUAGCUUCUUAUUCCUUGUCAGUGUGCAUCACUGCUAUUCUACAGCACAAUCGCCUCUAAUUCAUGUGUAUAACGCGAGCACACGCGCACACACAGUCAGGACAACACUGGGCUACUGCACCCAUAUACUACAACACUGACCAAUGUUAACAUCACGUUCCAAUCUCUUUCCCAUUGUCCGUUUGACUUUUAAAUUGAUUUUUUGGAUAGAUUUUUUAUUUUUUUGCAUGUUCAACGUCAUGUUUGUGUGAUUUUGAUCUGUUUCAGUGUAGAGAUAAUUGCUUGUUGGUAUAUACAUGAGGAUAACGUAGUCAAUGAAAUACACUCAGGCACAUGAAGGUAUUUGGUCAGUUAUGUUACGACCAUCUAUAUUUACACAGUAUUAUGUCUUAUUUUUUUAGAUGAGGUUCUUCAUAGAUUGUUUGCGGGCUGCGCUCUAUCAUGGUUGGAAAAAAGACUUAUCAGUAUUGUAUGGGGUGGUUGGUUUAAACCAGGCUGUCCUUUUUGAGAUUGAAUUGGGUUGUCAUACUCCUGUCCGAAAACACUUACAUUCCACUGUAUGUUCUCCUGAUUAUGUACAAGCUGUUUCAAGGAACUGCUUUUACUUCCAUUUUCCAUGUUUCUAAACCAACUGAACCGUUUAGGGUGGUUGUAGUACCAGUGUGAAUACUGUAUUACUCUCAGAGAAAUACUGUGUCAUUCGCCAGCCUGGUUCUCCAAUAUUAACUGCCAACAAACCUGCUAAAGGUCAUGUCUGUUACAAAUACUGUUUGUGUUUAGUCUUAAGGCAGCUUUGCUUUAAUGUUUUUUUCCAAAGACGUCCCAAUUAGACUACCAAGCCAAAAAUGACACCCACUGGGACAAGACUUGUUUGACAUGUUUUUGGAGCUGCACUGAGUAAAAGGCCUGUAGUACUGUAGUACAAGAGAAGCAUUUGGUAUGUAUGCCUACUCCCUGUGGCAGUUUCCAAUAAGGGAGAAGUGUGUAAAGUAUAAUCAGUACUUUAUUUAACUUAGCAAGUCAGUUAAGAAAAAAAAUAUUCACAAUGACGGCCUACCGGGGAAAAAUGGGUUAACUGCCUUUUUCAGGGGCAGAACGACAGAUUUUUACCUUGUCAGCUCGGGGAUUCGAUUACUGGCCCAGCUCGGGAUUUGGUUACACGCUCUAGCCACUCGGCAACCUGCCGCCCCUAAUCACUUCCUAUUAAACAACUUUAGUUUUCUUUGAUUUUGUGUUUUGCUGUAAACUUGCCUCUGACUUAGGUAUGUGUCCAAUUCAGCUUUCUUAGCUCUCCUCCCUUCCUUCCCCCUGUAAAUAAGCAUUUUUUUGUUGGGUUUUAGUCUUGAAUUGUGCUGUAAUACUCCAGGUUUGCUAAAACCAAGGAAUUAAUAAACAAAAUAUAAAAGCA